AUGGGGCAGUUUUCAAGAAACCAUCCUAUGAGAGUCCGGAUUGCAGCAGUAUUAUUGAUCGUAUGUGCGGUUCUUGUGGGAAUAAUAGAAGCAAGAUGGAUAGAAAAAGAAGCGGUUUCAGUUGGCAAGAGUAGUCAUUCGGGAGGGGAUGUUAGAGUUUGUGGAUACACGAAAGAUGGUCGAGAGAUUCGUACUGAGGGUAGCACGGCUAGUUGCUUUGGCGGCGGACAUGGCGGGGGUGGUGUUGGUAUAGGAGUAGGCGGGGGAGGUAGUGCCGGUGUGGGUGGCAGCAGUGGUGGUGGAGGCAGCGGUGGAGGUGGAGGAGGAGGUGGUGGAGCUACAAGAGGUGGAGCUGGUGCCGGGAUUGGAGGUGGUGUUGGGGUUGGUGUAGGCAUUGGAGGUGGAGUUAGUGGCGGUGUUGGUGGUGGUGCUGGGUCAGGUGGUGGAGGUAGAGGUGGAGGAGAAGGUGGCGGAGUUGCAGGAGGUGGUGCUGGUGCAGGGGUUGGAGGUGGAGCUGGAGGUGGAGCUGGCAUUGGAGGCGGUGCUGGUGUCGGUGUAGGUGUCAGAGGUGGAGUUGGUGGUGGUGCUGGAGUAGGUGGUGGUGGUGGUGCUGGAGCAAGUGGUGGAGGUAGAGGUAGUGCCGGUGCUGGGGUUGGAGGUGGUGCCGGUGCUGGCGUAGGUGUUGGAGGUGGAGUUGGUGUAGGUACAGGUGGUGGUGGCGGUGCUGGUGGUGGGGGAGGUGGCGGUGCUGGUGUAGGCGUUGGGGGUGGUGCUAGAGUCGGUGGAGGUAUUGGAGCUGGGGUAAGCGGCGGCGCUGGAGGUGGCGUUGGUGCAGGUGCUGGAGGUGGUGCUGGAGCCGGAGUAGGUGCCGGUGGUGGAGUUGGUGGAGGUGUAAGAGGUGGGGCAGGCGGUGGUGCUAGUGCUGGAGUUGGAGGCGGAGCGGGUGUUGGCGCUAGGGGUGGAGGAGGUGCGGCUGUUGGAGGUGGUGCUGGGGUUGGCGGUGGUGCGGGUGUCGGUGCUGGCGGUGGAGCUGGGGUAGGCGGCGGCGCUGGAGGUGGCGUCGGUGCAGGUGCUGGAGGUGGUGCUGGAGCCGGAGUAGGUGCCGGUGCCGGUGGUGGAGUUGGUGCAGGGGUAAGAGGCGGGGCAGGCGGUGGUGCUGGUGCUGGAGUUGGAGGCGGAGCAGGUGGCGGCGCUGGUGGUGGAGGAGGUGCGACUGUUGGAGGUGGUGCUGGGGCUGGAGGUGGUGCGAGUGUUGGGGCCGGUGGUGGAGCUGGAGCUGGAGCUGGAGUUGGAGCCGGAGCCGGUGUUGGCGUCUCUGUGGGAGGUGGUGUUGGUGUAGGUGGAGGUGUAGGAGGAGGUGCCGGUGCCGGUGCCGGAGGAGGUGUAGGAGUCAGCAAUCGGAGAGCAAAUAAUGACAAGCCGGUCCAUUAUCAUACCGAAAGUGGGCAAACCCCGUAA